CGGUCCGAAUCAAGGACCCGUACCAUGGCCAAACUGUAACCGCUAAACAGAGGCCACAGUUCAACAGCUCCUGCAUAUUUGUAGGAGCGAUCUUAGGAGGGGAGGGAGGUCAGUUACCAGGUUUUCAUUGGUUCUUGGAGCCUUCCAUCACAUCAGGCACACAAUCCUCGAAAACCAUGAAGCAAUGGAGAAAACGGAUAUACAGUUCCCACUUUUGAACAAAAAGACGCUUACCUAGUGGUAAUUAAUUUUUCAUCAUUAUUUCCUUUGAUUUAUUUUGUAAAAAGUAUGAUAGUUAAGGCUAUUCUGGGAUAUUUUUAUUACUCAUUCAUUCAAAGAGGGGUAAAUACAUCUAGUAGUAAAUUAAAUAAAUUUAGAACUUUAUAACACUACUGGAAUGAAAAUUAAUUUUAGAUAAAGUUGUUGAACACAAUUUUAUGUUAAAUUUUCACUUUCCAUUUAAUAGGUUUAAUUACAAAAGUAAACAGCAGGACAAGAAGAUUUUAACUCAAGGUUUAGAGCUUCCGAAUUCUUCACAGACAACGAGAAAGACUCCUGCCGCUCUGUCCAAACCUUCAGUGCUUCCGACCCCUCCAUCUUCUGUUGGCUGGCCAAGGUUAAGGACAGGAAGAUAUUUGCCGUCCCCCAAUCCAGCUGUCUCAUUCCAACUUGUUACGGGUCCAGGGAACACAUCAGUACUCAUACCAUCCAGUGUACCACCAGCUUGUGUUACUUCAACAAGCCAGGGAGGAAUGAAACAGAAAGGAGAGGAAGUGAGGACUACAGCUACUGAGGCCAAGAAACUGAAGAGAUGUGGUAAAUGUGGAGAAAAGAGGACUCCACCUGCCCACCAACAAUACAUGGAAUACAGAUACUGCUCUUCUGUGGACAAAACACCACUUACAGAGUGGAGGGAACAGCUGAAAAAUGCAGGAGUAGCGAGGAAGAAGAAAGGAAACUAAUAAGUGA